UUCUUUUCUCUAAUUGCCGGGACGCCGACAUUCGCUAACUUUUGUUAUUUGCAAAAAUAUUCUGCAAAGUUUGCAAUCAGACGGGAGCAGCAUGUCGGACGUGCCCAAGAAGCCCGAUCUGGGCGGCAUCGCCGUCGAAGACGACGACGACAACUUGCUGGAGAGGCUUACAGCUUGCCAGAAGGAGGCAGACAAAAUACACCUGGAAAUUUGUGACGAGAUGCUGCAGGUGGAGUCCAAGUACAACAAACUGCGCAAGCCCUACUACGAGAAACGCAGCGAUUUCAUCAAGAAGGUGCCCAACUUCUGGAUGACCGCCAUCAUGAACCACCCAAAGGUUGCCUGUAUUCUGGACGAGGAUGAGGAGGAUUGCCUGCACUCGCUAAGCAAACUGGUGGUGGAGGAGAGCGAGGAUAUCAAAAACGGCUUCCGUAUCAUCUUCCACUUCAAUGAGAAUGCCUACUUUGAGGACCAGGUGCUCACCAAGGAGUUCUUUUGGGAAUCCAAUUCCACCAGCACGCCCAUCAAGUGGAAGGAGGGCAAGAACCUGCUCCAGCAGGUACUAGCGAAGCCCUACGACAGGGAGCGUCGCUCUGAGUACAAAUCCUUCUUCGACUGGUUCUCGCACGAUGCCGACUACGUCAGCGACAAGAUCGCCCUAAUUUUAAGAGACGAAAUCUGGCCGAGCCCUGUCAAGUACUAUAAACUGAAGGAUAUUGGACAGGAGCCCAUGGAUGCAGGAGAUGAGGGAAAAUAAGACUUGAACUUGUUGCCUUUCCUUCAAUAAAUAAGCUCGUACCAAUGUAUAUAUAGUAACCCUA